UCUGUAGAUAUUUUGACAUAAAACAGAGGAAAAAUGGGGAACAACAACAAAAAGCAGAAGCCACAUGCUAUAAUGAUUUCAUUUCAUCUACAAGGCCACAUAAUCCCUUUCGUUAACCUAACCCUAAAGCUCGCUUCAAAGGGCUUCUCCGUCACCUUCGCCCACCUCGAUUUCAUCCACCACCAAAUCUCCCAAUCUCAGCCCGCACAAACCGAUAUCUUCGCCGGAGCUAGAGCUUCCGGCCUCAACAUCAGCUACACUACCUUCAGCGACGGUUUCCCCCUCGAUUUCGACAGGUCAGCUGACUUUGACGCUUAUUUGAAGUUCUUUCUUCACAGGUUUCCCGACAAAGUAGACGAACUCGUCGGAAAAAUAAUAAGUAGUUCGCCGCCGGGCAGUGAACACUUCUUGAUCGCCGAUACUUUCAGCGUCUGGCCGGAAAAGAUAUCGGAGAAGUACGGAUUGGUGAACGUCUCUUUCUGGACGGAGCCGGCGUUGGUUUUCUCGCUGUACUACCAUCUGCCGCUUCUGAGAGUCAACGGCCAUGUUCCGGUCAACGGCCGGAGAGAGGACGUGGGUUAUGUGCCCGGAGUUGAAUCGAUCAACACCAAAGAUUUUAUGUCGUACUUCGAUUAUUCGGAGAUGGAGAUGAUCCACACCGUGAUUUUCGGGGCGUUCGAUGCUGUGAAGAAAGCGGAUUUCGUGCUCUGCAACACCGUGCAAGAAUUGGAAGAAGAAGCCAUAUCAGCUCUGCAGCAAAAGCAGCGGUUUUACGCCGUCGGCCCACUAUUUCCAGCGAAAUUCUCCGUCGCCGGGAGUCUCUUGCCGGAAUCCGACUGCACGGAAUGGCUGAAAUCGAAGCCUUUCCGAUCAGUUCUGUAUGUUUCAUUCGGCAGCCUUGCGACGACUGAUAAAAACGUGAUUCUUGAAAUUGCGGGCGGGCUUUUACUAUGUGGAGUGAGUUUCAUUUGGGUUCUCCGCCCCGGGAUAGUGGCGGAUUCCGGCGGCGGCGGCAUUUUGCCGCCGGGAUUUGAGGAAAGUACUAGAGAUAGAGGGCUAAUUGUCCCUUGGUGCACGCAAAAUCUGGUGCUGUCGGAUCCAGCCAUUGGUGGAUUCGUAACGCAUUGUGGUUGGAAUUCGAUACUCGAAAGUGUUUGGUGUAAUGUCCCAAUGAGUUGCUAUCCCUUAUUUACCGAUCAAAUUACCAACAGAAAAUUGGUGGUGGAUGAUUGGAGAGUUGGAAUAAAUCUCUGCGAUGGAGAUUCUAUUACAAAGGAGGAAGUCGCUGAAAAAAUUGGUAUUUUGAUGAGUGGCGAAAAAUCGGAUGAGUUAAGACAUGAAAUCAAGAAAGUGAGAAAGACUCUGCAGAAUGCGGUAACUGACAAUUAUGGAUCAUCUGAGAAAAACUUCGAUUGUUUCGUUCGCGAUGUAUGCGAUGAAAUCGUCAAUAGGUGUAAGAAGGAUGAUUUCCCCAAAUAUUGAUUUUUUUUGACAUUUUAUUAGUACUUGUGUCUUCUUUAUGUUUCUAUUACCAUUUUCGUGUAAGAUUUGCCGUCUCGUGUACUAAAAUAACCAUGCUUCAUUA